AUGGGUAAGAAAAGCGGCGGCGGUGGUGGUGGAUGGUUCUCUUCAGUCAAGAAAGUCUUCAAAUCUAACUCCAAUAAGGAUUCACCCCAGAAAAAGAAGGAGAACAAUAGUAGUGGUGGUGAGAAAUGGCAGCAGCACGAGGCCCCCGAGGUAGUCUCGUUCGAGCACUUCCCCGCGGCCGAGAGCUCCCCCGAUCAUGUCACAAACGACGACACCGGCGGCACGACGACCCCUGUCUCGGGAGACAGGAAUCACGCCAUUGCAGUCGCCGCGGCGACUGCUGCUGCAGCGGAAGCGGCCGUUGCAGCAGCUCAGGCCGCAGCCAAAGUCGUUCGACUCGCCGGAUAUGGCCGUCAGUCCAGAGAUGAUCGAGCCGCUACCCUCAUUCAAUCCCACUACAGAGGCUACCUUGCUAGGCGCGCGUUGCGGGCACUGAAGGGGCUGGUGAGGCUGCAAGCACUGGUGCGAGGCCACAACGUGAGGAAGCAGGCGCAGAUGACGAUGAGGUGCAUGCAAGCACUGGUGCGAGUUCAGGCGAGGGUCAGAGCACGGCGGAUGCAACUGACUCACGAGAAGCUGCACACGAAAGGUGUAGUACUAGAGGAGGAAGAGGACGAUGGACAUAGAAACUCAUCGUUUCAAGGUCACUUGAUGAAUUCGAGGAGUCCAUUGAAGAAGAGCUACGUGGUGGAGAGCUGGGAUAACCGGCAUCAUCAGACAUCCGGUAAGAUGAAGGAGAAUGCGGUGAGGAAACAUGAGGCUGUGGUUCAGAGGGAGAGGGCCCUUGCUUAUGCCUAUGCCUAUCAGCAGCAGCAACAACACCUACCGCAGCCCAGCCCAAACGGAAUGGACCUGGGCCUGUACAGCGAAGAGCAAGCAAAAGCCCAGUGGGGCUGGAACUGGCUAGAACGCUGGAUGUCCUCUCAGCCAUACCACGGUGGUCGGUUCGGCCCAACCGACAACUCCUACAUGACCACGACCACCACCACCACGACCGACGACCAGUCAGAGAAAACGGUGGAAAUGGACGUGGCCACUCCGACCACGGCCGCCGGCAGCGGGAUCGGCAACAUAAGCAUCGGCGUCAUGGACCCAGCAGGCAGCAGCCACGUGUACUCGGCCCGUACUAGAAGGCAGCAGGCCCCGCCCACGCCCAACAACGUCCCCAGCUACAUGGCCCCGACCCAGUCCGCUAAGGCCAAGGCCCGUUCGAACAUGGGCCCGGUGAAGCAGGUGAGCCCAUACACCCCGCAGUGGAACUCGUCGACGAAGAGAGGGUAUGUCGUCGGGUCGUCGUCGGUUUGCGACUCUUCCAGCUCCGGCGGUGGCACGGCGAUCUACCACGUGCCCAAGAGCCCGAACCCGAUGCGGUUUCACUCCCGGCGGCUGCCGGCAGGGUACAGCCCGGAUUCGAGCGGCGGCGCCGACGACUGGAAGCUGCCGGGGAUUGAUGGCCACGGGUGGAGGCAUGAUUUUGGGUGA